GUGUGCCACACGCGUCGCCACACGCGGAACGCGCGACGCGCCUCUCUUCCCGAGCAACCACCAUCCUCUCCAUCGCGUUCUGUUCCCCCCGAGCCCUCAACGUGCGCGAUUCAUUUCUUUUGCUUGCUAUGCGGUCCAUUUGAAUUGGCCUGACGCGCAUAUAGCAACCAAAUCCCAAGCGAAAUGAACCAAAGCGGCGUCUCAUACAGCUCCUUCAACGCGACCUACGCCAACCCGCGACCCACCAUGCCUCUGGCCGCAUACAGCUACUCACCAGGCGUAUACCACCCCACUGGCCUGCGCAGCUCCUUCGCGGACUGGGACUCUGACCCGUAUCUCUAUGAGGCCUCGCGGAACGACCUCAUCUCUCCGUUCAAAGACCCAAUCGUCUCCUCUACGCCCCCGUUCUCGCUGAGCUUCUCGUCCAGCCAGUUCUCGAACUCAUGCUCGUCACCUGCCACCCCUCUUCAGGCCCUCUUCUCGUCUCCCAGCGCCCUCUGGGCUGCAGUCGGCUCCUCGGUAUCCCCGGUCCACCGUUGUGGCGUUCGCUCCCUCUCUCGAAGUGCAACCCACAACAAGCCUGGCACACCUCGUAAAGGACGUGUUUCACCUGAGAAGAUCCAAUCACUCUUAGCAUACAAGGACGCUCAAGAACUAAUAACCUCCUUCGAACCCGGAUGCUCCUCGGGAUCCUCUUCUAAGCUACUCUCUCCAGCUCUGUCUGCGCUCUCCUCGAUGCCUACCUCUCCCUGUACUCCCACUAGAUCUGUUCGAGGCUCACCUGCUGCUCAGGCUGUCGCUGAAAAAUUAUCUCCCCCUGCUGCAUCUACCUCUGCUGCGCCAAAAUCUAAGAUCAUGGACAGCGCCGACAAACGCGCUAUGCGCGAGGCACUGGGUCUGCGUUACAACACUCGUGCACGAAGACUCGCCUAUCCUUCGGAAUCUCUGCCUGCUGCGUUCUCCGCGCCGACUCGUCCUCCUGGUUCCCGCAAGAGGCUCUCAAGGGACACUGAACGCGAGCAGUCUCUGGCUCUGCCUGCUCGCAAGAAGCGAAGAUCCAACCCGGAAGAACGCACCUCCAAGGAACUCACCGGACCCGCCGCUGACCCUGCGACAGACGAAGCCGACGAGCCCGCCCUCGUCCCUCAGCGCACAUUCCCUCCUUCAAUACCCCUUCAUCCGGAAUUCCCCUUAUUCUAUAGACGUUUCGCCGUUAGUUCCUACCAAGUCGAACAUGUCUCUAAGUAUGCGAAGACCAAAGGCCUCUCCGACGCCACUUUCAACCCACCGCGCGACGCCUUCGAUCUAUACACCCCUCGCUUCGUGAAGGGACGAGGCACGACGAAGGUCGGCUUGUGCCCGUGUUGUAUGGAGAGCAAGAGUCGCGGCGGCGAGGGCAAAAGGCUCUGGCUGUCUACGAAGUUCUCCGCAUUCAACUACCACAUGCAAUACGCGCACGGCAUCUCCGUAAUGAGCGGGCGCCCCUUCUCUCCCCCGCUCGCCUUCCGGACCGUGCAGCGCACGACGGUCGGCAAGCUCGAGAAGGCGCAGCUCAUGCAGGGCAAGUGCCACAAGUGCAAGAAGUGGGUCGCCGUCGAGGGCGUCAAGGACGUCCCCACCAAGGUCAAGGAGAUAUACUGGUGGAAGCACGCGGCGGCGUGUCAUCAAGGGUCGACUGUCGAAGGGGAAACUGACAUUUAUAUCGAGGAUGAUAUUUACCGCGCGGCCGUGCAGGCAGAGAAGGAGGCUGCGGCUGAGGCUGAGGCCGAAUCGGACGCGGAUGCAGAGGGUGAGGCCGAAUCGGACGCGGACGCAGAGGGAGAGUUGGAGGAAGAGUCUGCUGCGUUCGACUCUGAAGUGGACUAGGCCCCUCGUUGUCUGUCUGGCCCCGAUCCGUCUUUAUUCUCAGAAAUGCUGUAUCGAUAUGGACAUCUGGUCACUGUCAAUUCACGCUGUAUCGUUGUCGCG